AUGCGAGUCCUCUGGGCACAGGUGCUUAACAAGAGCCCAUGCGAUAUCAGCACUGAAGACAACUUCUUUCACAUUGGAGGCGAUGUUAUCAAAGCUAUGAAGCUUUGUAGAGAAGGCCCUUCACAUGGAUUGUUCUUCACAGUCAAAGACGUCUUCCAAAAUCCUCUACUCCUCGACCUCUCAGGCUCAGCCAACCCGAAUCACGAACGCGAGGUGCGAACCUACGCUGCUCGCUCAUGUAGCGUUCAAGAGUCGCAAGUUGUCGAUGUACUGCCAUGCACACCGCUUCAGGGAGGGUUGCUAGCCCUGACCACCAGACGGGCAAGAGACUAUGUGUCAACGAACGUCUUCCAAAUCCGAGAAGAAGUUGAUAUAGAAAAGCUGCGUCGUGCUUGGGAUCAGGUUGUAGCGGAGAACCCUAUCUUGCGGACGCGAAUCAUAAGCCUUCCGCGGCAAGGUCUGGUGCAGGUUGUCAUCGAAGAAGGGGUUUCAUGGGAAUUUGCCACCGAUAUUAAUGGGUACCAGCAAGAGGAUACUCAGAGCGGGCCUGCCAUGAAUUUAGGCACGCCUCUGACGAGAUUUGUUGUUUGCGAUGACGGCCAACGGGAACAUCGAUACUUCUUAUGGGAAAUACAUCACGCUCUCUACGACGGAUGGUCAAUUCCGCUGCUACUAAACCAAGUCGAAGGCGCCUAUUACAACCAAAGCACGAAAGAGCUGCAAUCCAUCGCCCCUUUCAUCAAAUACAUUGCUGAUAUGGAUGAGACGGCAACAAAAAUGUUUUGGCAGACUCAGUUCGCGGAUUUGAAUGGAUCCCACUUCCCUUUGCCAAAAUCUGGAUACCACCCCCGGCCAGAUCGACACAUGAGCGUGACCGUGUCAAACCUCGAGUUGGGACAUCGGGACUUUACGGCGUCGACAGUACUCAGGGCCGCGUGGGCUAUAGUCGUGGCACAGAGUGCUGGCUCUACUGAGGCCCUGCUUGGAGUCACUGUCACUGGUCGACAAGCCGCAGUUGCUGAUAUUGAAAGCAUGGCGGGUCCAACUAUUGCUACGGUUCCGGUCCGAGUGAUUCUCGACCUGGACAACAGCGUCGACCAUCUGCUAGAGAUUAUACAACGCCAGGCGGCAGAGAUGAUCCCGUUUGAGCAAACAGGGUUGAAUCUAAUCGCUCGUAUGAGUGAGGCUGCAGCUGUGGCAUGCGACUUUCAAUCUCUUUUAGUGGUCCAGCCAGAAGACCAGACUGGGGAAUCCUCUGGAGGUCUGUUCGUGAGCGAACCAGAGCAAGGCCCAAAUGCCUCUCGGUCGCAAGGUUUCAGUACCUACGCCAUAGUAGUUGAGUGUCAGCUCGAACAGGAUGGAGUCCAUAUUCGAUUUGGCUUCGACUCGAGCAUAAUCGGACAUGAUCACAUGGAGCACCUGAUCAAAAACUUGGAAGCUAUCCUCAUUCAACUUGCUGCUGCCGCGCGAGGCAAAGACAAACUGGGGCUUGUAGUCGCAGAGACUCAAAUUCCAUGGGGUCUGGGUAAAAUCUGGGCAUGGAACGCCUCAGUGCCGAAGCCUACAGAGCGUUGUGUCCAUGAUUUGAUUACACAACAAGUAUGCGAGCACCCUUCAGCGCCAGCGGUAUGCUCGUGGGACGGCAGCUUGACCUACACAGAGCUGGAUCAUCUGUCGACGAAGUUAGCUCACCACCUUGUCUAUAAAGGAGUGGCAGGGACUGUAGUACCACUCUUUUUUGAAAAGUCCGUGUGGAUGCCAGUUGCUAUCCUUGCAGUCAUGAAGGCUGGCGGAGCCUCGGUGGCAAUGGAUGUCAAUCAGCCCGAACAGAGACUGCGUUUAAUGUCUGCCAUGGCAGAUUCUCCAUUAAUCCUGUCAUCAAUGCAAAGCAAUGGUCUGGUCCAAAGGCUCGGCCACAACGCAGUGGAAGUAAUGAUAGUAGGGCCAAAUCAGGACUGCUUCAAGAGUCCGGAGCUUACGUUGCCGGCUGUGAGUCCGUCGAGCCUCCUUUAUGUCGCUUCCACCUCAGGUAGCUCUGGUACACCAAAAGGGGCUAUGAUAUCCCACAGGAACUUCUGCACCGCCAUUACCCAUCAGCAGAAGGCUUUGGGAUUCCUCGACACUUCAAGGGUUUUCGAAUUUGCGUCAUUUGCCUUUGACGCAGCGUGGUAUACCCUACUCUUUACACUUACUUCCGGCGGGUGUCUCUGUAUUCCCUCGUCAAUGGAGCGCGAAAAUGACUUGGCCGGGUGUCUCGAAAGAUACGGCGUAACAGUAGUGGAUUUGACACCAUCUGUUGCGCGGUCCCUGGGUCCUGUGGCACUCUCUAGACUCUCUACACUGAUCUUGGGAGGCGAGGCAGUCCUCAGCAGUGACGCCAGCAUUGCCGGCAAUACGACGCAAAUCAUGAACGUGUAUGGCCCUGCCGAAUGUACACCAACGAGUACAUUUGCAGAAGUGAAUUCAGGCAAUACUCGCAUUGGCCAUGGAGCUGGCGUUUGCACCUGGGUGGUAGAACCCAAUAACCCAGAACUGUUGGCACCGCUUGGAGCCGUGGGAGAGUUGUGGCUGGAAGGUCCCCUUCUGGGGCCAGGGUAUCUCAAUGAGCCCGAGAAGACAGCAGAAGCCUUUUUACAAGACCCAAAAUGGCUACUUCGCGGUGCUUCAGGCUUUCCAGGACGUCGCGGACGCGUCUAUCGCACUGGAGAUAUGGUGCAAUACUUGGAAGAUGGGUCACUCGUCUUCGUCGGGCGCAAAGACACGCAGGUGAAGAUCAGAGGUCAACGUGUCGAGUUGGGAGAGGUUGAGCAUCACGUUCAUCAAGCAAUUGAAAAGGCCGAGGGCAGCACCAUUGCCAACGUUCAUGGGGUUGCUGAGACAAUUCAGCCACAAGGGGUACAGAGUGCGGUCCUGUUGGCCUUCAUUGCCCUCGACUUUGUGGGAGUCGAUGUGACGGAAAAGAUGCAGAGCAUCGCAAUUCAACAGGUCACAGCAGGAUUGGCAGAUCGACUGGCAAGUGUGUUGCCGGCAUACAUGGUGCCAACAUCAUUCAUCCCAGUCCAGAGAAUCCCCGUAACAGCCACGGGAAAGACAGACCGCCGGCAGCUUCGCACUAUGGGCGCACCAGUAUGGCUUCAUUAUCGUGAUGUCUCCAACACGGAUAAGAAGGCAGAAGAUUUGACCGACGUGGAAUUGAUCCUUCAACAGGUGUGGAUGUCUGUUCUCAACCUCUCGGCCGAGGAGGUGUCCGUCAACAAGGCGUUUACCAGAAUCGGAGGCGAUUCCAUCUCAGCGAUGCAGGUUGUAUCACGAUGCCGGCUGCACAACAUCGCCAUAACCGUCAGCGAUGUUCUCCAGGCUGGAACCAUUCGGAAACUGGCGACAUGUUGCAGACUCACCUCGCAAAAUACGUCCGCUGAAGAGGACCAGCUCGAGACACAGGACGAGACGACCCAGGCCUUUGACCUCUCGCCAAUACAAAAAAUGUUCUUUGACGCCUAUUCAGAUGGGCUCAACCAUUUCAACCAGAGUUUUGUCUUGGAACUAAGCGAAGAGAUAUCGAGAGCUGCUCUCAACGCGGCACUCGGAGCACUUGUCAGCCGGCAUUCCAUGCUUCGAGCGCGCUUCCAGAAAGGCCCCGAUAGUGGACUAUGGAGACAAAAAUUGGCUUUGGAUGACGAGUAUUCCUUCGGGUUUACGGAGCACAUUGUAUCGAACCGCUCUCAACUUGUCCAGGCAGCACAGUGGCGGCAAGAACAUCUGGAUAUCCGGGACGGCCCUGUUUUUGCUUGUGACUUUGGUCAUGUUCCAGGCGGUCAGAUACUUGUUCUUUCGGCACAUCACCUGGUUGUUGAUCUAGUAUCAUGGCGGAUCAUCUGGAACGACAUCGAGGAAUACCUGAGAUUUGGCGAACUGCGUUCUCAACCAACCACAUCAUUCCAAACAUGGUGUAAGCGACAGGAUAAAAUAACUCGAAACGCCUCCCCUCUCGCCGUGCUUCCCUACGCGAUUUCAGAACCCCAACUGGACUUCUGGGGGCUGGACUUCAGUAAAAACACAUUCGGUAGCUGCGAGACAUACACGGAAGUGUUUGACCACGAGGUGACGAACCAUCUCUUUGGCGCCAGCAAUGACAGUUUGAGGACUGAGCCAGUGGAUAUUUUGCUUGGAGCCAUGGUCCAUGCCUUUACCGCCACGUUCCCAGAGCGUGUUACCCCUGUUGUUUGGGUUGAAGGGCACGGGAGGGAGCAAUCUGAUGAUCUACCCCUGGAUAUCUCAGCAACGGUUGGAUGGUUCACUACCAUUCACCCCCUUCCAAUUACUAUCCAACCUGGCUGUUCAGUUAUCGACGCUAUCAGACUUGCCAAAGACACGAGACGGAAGGUUCCAGGUAACGGUCGACCGUAUUUUGCCUGUCGGUACCUGAGCGAAUCCGGACGUGAGCACUUUCGCGGGCAUGAAACUACCGAGCUAGUCUUCAACUUUACUGGACGAUAUCAGCAGAUGGAAAGCGACAAGAGUAUGUUCAAGCGACUUCAGUACAUGGACGAAGAGCCCUGCGAUCUAGUGGAAGUCUCACCAUUGGCAAGACGACUAAGCUUGAUCGAGGUUAAUGCCGAUAUUGAGGACGGGCUGCUGGCUGUCUCUUUCAUGGUCCACGAGGACAUGAGAUAUCAGGAUCGGUUGAAGCUAUGGUAUGAGACCUUCGCUCAAACUGUGAGGUCCGUCACCAAAGAUCUUUUGCAUGCGCCUGCCAGUUUCACAUUGAGCGACCUGCCCCUCCUCCCUAUAUCAUAUAACGGGUUAGAUGUGCUGCUGAAGGACCAGUUGCCCUCCAUUGGGGUCAAUUCGGAUGCUAUCAUCGACAUGUAUCCCUGCUCCCCGCUUCAAGAGGGCAUUCUCCUAAGCUCUGAAAAGGGGUCAGCCUCUUACGGAACUUAUUCAGUCUGGCGGUGCAUGACAUCUGGAACAACCAUGGUUGAUCCCUAUCGACUUGAAGGGGCUUGGCGGACAGUGGUGAGCCGGCACACUAUUCUGUCUACGGUAUUUGGCCUGCAUCCCGAGGGCAACGGAUUCAUUCAGAUUGUGCUUCGAAAAUCGAACAUUCGUGUAAUGCAUAUGACUCCAGAACACAACCCGACCCUCGAGUUGAUGAGCGUGGAGAGGCCGACAUUCACCGCUUCUGAACCCGAGCACGCCUUUACUAUAUGUCAAUCAAGCAAUGGCGAAGUUUCAUGCAGACUGGAUAUUAGCCAUGCUCUUAUUGAUGCAGCUUCGAUAUCCAUUUUGGUACAAGGUAUUACGGCAGCAUACGACGAUUGCAACAUGCCGGCUGCUCCACCAUUCAGCAAGAUGAUUGAGUACAUCAACAAUGUACCAAAGGCUGAGCGAAUCGCGUCAUGGACAAAUUUCCUGGAUGGGAUCGAGUCUUGUGAGAUUCCUUUGUCUAGCCCACAUAACCCUCUGAGAUGUGAUAGUUACAGCGAUGUUUCUAUCCCGGCGAAGAUGUUGUCGGGUGUGACGGACUUUUGCAAGAGAAUCGGCAUCACUCGCUCUGUCUUUAUACAGGUCUCUUGGGCUAUGGUUCUCGCUCAUUUCACCGGGAUGCGCGACGUCUGCUUCGGAUACUUGGCUUCCGAGAGAGACGCCCUGGUGGAUGGGAUUGAGACUAUGGUCGGUCCUCUCGCCAACCUACUGAUCAGUCGCAUCGACCUCCGUGCUCCAGCACGGCAGGUGCUUGAGACAGCAUUCCAGAAUUCAAUCAAGCUUUUAGCAAUUCGGCACAUCUCUUUGGCAGAAAUCCAGCAUGGAAUUGGCCAUUCCGGCCGGCGGUUAUUCAACACGUCUGUGUCGAUUCGAGACGCCGAUCACCCCAUUGCGAAAGAGAAACAUUCGCUUUCAUUUGAGUCUCAUAUCGCAGAAGACCUUCACGAGUACGACUUGAGCCUUAGCGCUACUCUAGGCAAAGUCGACAUAGACAUUGUAGUGGAAUUUCGGGAGCCACAUGUUACUCGACAACUGGGUCAAGAAGUCUGUACCGUCUUGGCAAAAGCGAUCGAUUAUCUCCUGGUAGCUGGCACUCAGCAAUGUGCGGACCACUUGGGAAAUACAUUGAGAGAGGAGCCCGGGUUCGAUAUUGGAGUCGCUCCAGUGUCCCUUUUCGAUGGGUUCUUUGCAAGCAUUGUUGGGAUAGACGAGGCUUCCACCGCAAACUUCUGGGAAAAGAUGUUCUCAAAGAUCCAAGGAUGCCAUUUUCCCUCUCCGAAGUCGAACAUACAUCACCCUCGACCUGAUGACGAAAUAACCCUCAGUCGACGGGGUUUAAAUUGGUCAGCCAGCGAGUUUGAGCCAUCUACGAUUAUCAAAGCCUCAUGGGCAAUUGUGGCAGCUCGGAUGCUGAGUUCUAACGAGGCCGUCUUCGGGGCAACCGUUUCAGACCAGCAGACUGUGGUGCCACUCUGCGUGCCGCUGGAUUGGGAUAGCAGCGUCAAGAAAUUGCUUCAAUCAGUGGAUAAUCAGAAUGCGGAGAUGGCUCCGUUUAUUCACACCGGCUUGCAAAGAAUCCGUCUUAUAAGCAAUGAGGCAGCUUUGGCGUGUGACUUCCAAACGCUUCUACACAUAGUCACUAAACCUUCCAGCGACAUCGAAGCAGAAGAACCCGUGUUGAUCAGCAACGAGCACAAGAGCUAUGAACGCUUCAAUUCAAAUGCACUAGUACUUGUGUGUAAUUUGCAAGCUGACGAACUCAUCGUCUGCAUCAAGUUCGACUCGAAUGUGGUUGGAGAACGACAUGCCACACGCCUCGGUCAUCAAUUCCAGCACGUUCUCGAUCAAUUGUCUCAACUUGGUACAGAGACGAAAGCUAUCAGAGACGUUACUGUAGCAAGCAACAGAGACCUGAACGACAUUUGGAAGUGGAACAAGACAGUCCCAGAGCCGGUAGACGCUUGUGUGCACGGCCUGAUCACGGCGCGAGUAUUAGAACAGCCAUCAGCCCUCGCCAUCCACGCGUGGGAUGGCGACUUGACAUAUGGACAACUCAACAAUCUUUCCACGAACCUCGCACAUGUACUUAUCGAAAAGGGCAUUGGGAGGGGAGCGAUUGUCCCCCUUUGCUUCGAAAAGUCCAUGUGGAUGCCAGUCGCCGCAAUUGCCGUCAUGAUGGCUGGUGCCACAUCGGUGGCGGUAGACACCUCGACGCAGCUAGAGGAGCGUCUACGUGCGAUAACUACUCAAGUACACGCGCGAGUGAUCUUAAGUUCGGUUGGAAAUGAGGCUUUGGUUCGUCGUCUGGGCACCGACGACGUUCUUGUCGUGGGUCCUGAUCAACUCCCAGCCAGGAUCUCGGAUCAGCAUUCCGAACUCCCAACCGUUACGUCCUCAGACUCUCUAUACGCCAUAUUUACUUCAGGCAGCACGGGAGAGCCCAAAGGUGCCAUUAUAUCACAUGGGAACUUCUGCAGUGCCAUAUCCUACCAGAGAGACGAGCUCGGAUUCACGAAAACCUCUCGAGUAUUGGACUUUUCCUCUUACGCCUUCGAUGUUGCGUGGUCGAAUCUACUUAAUACACUCACUGCAGGCGGCACUCUCUGCGUACCAUCCGCUGCGGAACGAGAGAAUGAUAUUUCAGCGUGUAUCGAAAAGUACAGCAUCACAAUGAUGGACCUCACUCCAUCAGUUGCUAGCCAUAUCGAGCCCAAGACAGCACUUUCAAGCUUAUCAACGCUUAUUUUAGGUGGCGAAAUUGUCCUCGCAACGGAUCGAAGACUGGCGGGAGAUGAUGCUCAGGUCAAAAGCGCCUACGGUCCUGCAGAGUGCACACCUACAAGCAUGAUUACCGAGCUGUCUGAAACGAACGGGGGCGGCCUUGGUUAUGGUGCUGGGCUCUGUACCUGGGUGGUUGAAGCUGACAACCCUGAACAGUUGGCAGCAAUUGGGGCCAUUGGAGAACUCUGGCUUGAGGGGCCACUUGUUGGUCAAGGAUAUAUUUCUGGGUCCACGUUGACCUCAGCUUCCUUCAUUGAAAAUCCGCAAUGGUUACUACGCGGGCUUCCUAGUACACAGCAUGGCCGCCACGGUCGGUUGUAUCGCACCGGAGACCUCGUUCAAUAUACGGAAGACGGAUCACUUCUCUUUAUUGGACGAAAAGACAGGCAGGUCAAGAUCCAUGGCCAGCGGGUUGAGCUAGGAGAGGUUGAGCAACAUGUCCGACAAGUUAUCGACGCGCCUGAGGGGAAGUCAACUGUGCGAAUUGUCGCCGAACCCGUCCAACUCCACGGAAAUAAGAGUGUUGUCCUAGCGGCAUUUGUAGCCGUCAGUGGGACAGGAGACUCAUUGAGCGAGGAAGAUCAUGCUCGCAUGGUGCGGCAAGCAACGUCAGGGACAGCGGAACGGCUCGCAGCCUUGCUGCCACCAUAUAUGAUCCCAAAGCUGUACAUUCCCAUUCAGACCGUCCCAAUGACAGCAACAGGAAAGAUAGAUCGUCGCCGUCUUCGACAGAUCGGAUCUUCCCUCACUACCGGCGACAUUGCGGCACUUGCCCAGUCAGAUGGCGAAGGACUGCCGCCUCAGUCAGAAAUGGAGCGAGCAAUGCAAGGUUUGUGGGCAGACGCUCUCAGUAUGGAUCCGGACACGAUCACCAGAGAUAGUAGCUUCUUCCGCAUUGGGGGAGACUCUAUCCGUGCAAUGCGUUUGGUUGGGAUAGCACGGCAGAAGGGAUAUUGCCUCACGGUUCGAGAGAUCUUCAAGAGCCCUGUGCUCCGCGAUCUUGCAUGCAAGGUUGUUGUUUCCUAA